UUUUCAGUAUUUAACAGCUGAAGUCAGAUUAAAUCAGUUGUUGUUAACAAUGGCUCUCCAAAAGAUCGUGUGCUGUUUCUCUGUGAUGAUCAUUCUCUUGGCCAGAGAUGGUCAGUCACAGUAUCCCGCGUGUGGCUUUGCUCUGCACAAUACCAGAAUUGUUGGCGGUGAGGAGGCAAUCCCAGGAAGUUGGCCCUGGCAGGCAUCUUUGGCCAAUCUUGAUGGUUUGUUCUGUGGAGGGUCUCUGAUCACCAACCAGUGGGUGCUGACAGCUGCUCACUGCAUAACACCUGCGGAUCUCCCAACCACAGUAGUCCAUUUCGGCCACCAAAACACAUCACUUGACAAUCCUCAUGCAGAGGUUCGAACACUUGAACUCAUCAUCUGCCAUCCUGACUACAACAGAUGGACAUUUCAGAAUGACGUCUGUCUUCUGAAGCUGUCGGCUCCUGUGAACUUCACAGAGUACAUUCAGCCGAUCUGCUUAGCUUCAGAAAACAGCAAUUUUUACAAUGGGACCAGCAGCUGGGUCACUGGCUUUGGUCUUACAACUAAUGGUGGUUCUGCCUCCCAAACACUGCAGCAGGUGAACGUACCAAUAGUGGGAAACAAUGAGUGCAACUGCUUCUAUAAAGACUUUGCUGAGAUCACAGAGAACAUGAUCUGUGCUGGGCUGAAAGAGGGAGGGAAGGAUUCAUGUCAGGGUGACUCAGGGGGACCACUCAUGACAAAAAAAGGUCCAAUCUGGGUCCAGAGUGGAGUUGUGAGUUUCGGUGAUGGUUGCGCCCUACCUAUGAGACCUGGAAUCUAUGCUCGUGUGUCACGGUACGAGCAGUGGAUCAUUAACACCGUCACCGGGACACCACCGAGCUUUGUUCCCUUCUACUCUACGGGCCCUGACACCGACUUAUACUUCACCUGUCCCACAUCACCACCCACCGAUUUCCCUGUUACUACCCCCAUAUGUGACAGUUUGUUUUGCAGUGGUGAAAACUUGAUCCACUUCACUCACUUCAUCUCUCUCUCUGUUCUUGUUGUGCUGCUCCACGUGUUUGUUGGAAUUGAGGGACGUGUGGCUUUGCUCUGCACAACAACAGAAUUGUUGGCGGUGAGGAGGCAAUCCCAGGAAGUUGGCCCUGGCAGGCAUCUUUAUCCAAUUCUGAUGGUUUUUUUCUGUGGAGGGUCUCUGAUCACCAACCAGUGGGUGCUGACAGCUGCUCACUGCAUAACACCUGCGGAUCUCCCAACCACAGUGGUCCAUUUCGGCCACCAAAACACAUCACUUGACAAUCCUCAUGCAGAGGUUCGAACACUUGAACUCAUCAUCUGCCAUCCUGACUACAACAGAGCGACAUAUCAGAACGACAUCUGUCUUCUGAAGCUGUCGGCUCCUGUGAACUUCACAGAGUACAUUCAGCCGAUCUGCUUAGCUUCAGAAAACAGCAAUUUUUACAAUGGGACCAGCAGCUGGGUCACUGGCUUUGGUCUUACAACUGAUGGUGGUUCUGCCUCCGAAACACUGCAGGAGGUGAACGUACCAAUAGUGGGAAACAAUGAGUGCAACUGCUUCUAUAAAGACUUUGCUGAGAUCACAGAGAACAUGAUCUGUGCUGGGCUGAAAGAGGGAGGGAAGGAUUCAUGUCAAGGAGACUCAGGGGGACCACUCAUGAUAAAAAAAGAUUCAAUCUGGAUCCAGAGUGGAGUUGUGAGUUUUGGUGUUGGCUGCGCCCUACCUAUGAGACCCGGAGUUUACACUCGCGUGUCUUGCUACCAGAAAUGGAUCAGCAACACCAUCACUGGCACACCACCAGGCUUUGUUGCCUUCGCCUCUCCAGGCACAGACAGCGACUUGGACUUCACUUGUCCCACCACCAGAGAGGAAACAACACUAGACACCUAUAAAAGUUCGAUGGAGAGUCUGGGUCUGAAAAGUGAAACCAAUGCAGAAGUGGCCUAA